GCAACAAUACAGAUCUGCAACCGUUAUAUUACAAUCAAUUUGUGUUCGACGCUGGUCACUUCAUUUCUGUUAUUUUCAUAUCGUCUGUCCAUCCUUGGUUUCUAAAAUGGAUAAUUCGGCCGACGUAUUGAAAGAGAAAUCUGUCCAUGCCAAUAAAUCGGAAUUUUUUGUAUUCUUGCCCAACGAAUUGAAUCAGAUCCCGUCUGACAAUCGUGGAAUUCGAAGGCUCAUCGAUGCCAAUGCCGCCAAACAGGAGGGAAACAUCCAUUUCCAAAACAAACGGUACGGUGAUGCUGUCAGAAUGUAUGACGAGGCCAUUGAACGACUCGAAAAAGGUGAGGAUGUACACAGCCUCGAAUUGGCUGUAUGCUAUCAAAAUCGUUCCGCUGCCCAGAUGCUUAUGAAAAAUUUGGACAAAUCCAUUACGGACGCGAGUAAGGCAAUCGAAUUGAACGAGCAUUAUGCGAAGGCGUAUUACCGACGAGCGAUGGCUUACAAUGAACAGAGAAAGUAUUAUCGAGCUCUGCAAGACGUUGUUCAAGCCUGCAUUUUGGAGAGAUUCACAAAUACCACGUACAACAAUAUGGUCGGCAGUCUGUUGACUCGAAUCGACUCCACUCCAUCGGAUGUGCAAUGGAAAUUGGCGUACUUUGAAACGGAAGCUGACGAGCUUCAUUGCGACCAUUGUCAGGGGAACCAGGUCAAAUUUCUGAUAAAUUGUGGCAUUCUUGAACCACUGACCGUACCGAUUCCAAAUAACCAGCCGCGUGUCGGCUACAUUAAAGCAAUGGUGGGUUUGAAAGAACAGAAUGUCGAUAAAAUCAUUGCCGGAUGUACAGAAGAGGAAACGACGAAAGGAACGUAUUUGGCGGAAAGUUUCAUCCUUCGAGCAUACAUGAAUGCCGUGGCUAUUUCAUCGCCGUCGAAUAUCAGCCGUGAAUAUCGCAAAGAUUUGCAACGCCUGAACGAGCUGAUUCGGAACGAGAAAACUCCGGAAAAUAUCAAAUUUAAUGCGCUGCUGUGCCGUGCAAAUAUGUACAAUCGACAGCAGAAUUUCAAAGACGCCCAGAGUGAAUUGAAUGCGCUCGAUAAAAAGCAUAAAAACAAUCGUCUGGUGUACAUUAUCAAGAGUGGAGCGCUGAUGAUGUUGGCCCAUGGCAAACCCGAAUAUUUGCCCAUGCUAUCCAAAUGCUGUUUACUCAACCCGAAUGUAUUUGAUCUUCAUAUGCAACUUGCGUUAUCUGAACUGGCGAAUCCCGCCAAGGCAAUGUCACCCAUGACCAAUCCAUUUGCCAGAUUUGAACAGCUGAUAGCCCGUUUCCCCAAUGAACUGGAACCGCGAUUGUGCUUAGCCGGUAUGUACGCCAAACUGAACGACUCGCAAAAGGCAAAAAAAAUUCUGCGAAAAGCCGAAAAAGAUUUCCCGAACCGUAAGAUUGAGAUGAGCUCCGUAAAUGGUAUGCUGAGACCGACCCAUUCGUCGUGCGUGGCAUAUUUUAAGCGAUCGCUGGAGAUCAACAAAGACGAUCCGAGUUCACUGAAAGGACUUUUGGAUUAUUACAAUUCCACCACACAUGAAUAUGGCAAGGCGAUUGAAGUGUGUACCAGAGCGCUGGGUUCAUUUCUGCAGGUGACUGACUUCCAAACAAUAUUCGAACUCCGUCACGCUCUGCUCAAACGAAUCGUUCAGCAAAAGUAUUGGAAUCGAUUGUAGGUUUGGCUGACGACAUUUCAACCGGCAAUUUUUUUGUUUUUGUUUCUUUUUAUCUGUUUCAUGAACUUUCGU